AGAGAAGGGAAACAGCUAUUUUAUUUUAUUAUUCUCUGUUUGCUCUGUGCUUUUCGAAAGGAGAAGUACACAGACAAACAAAACACACUCGCUCGCUCUCGAGAACGCUUCAUCAUACGCAGCGAAAGGUGACUCAAGAAUACCAUCACGGCACCUCGUGUACUUUUUUUUUCUUCAAUUUGCCUCACUCGUUUGAUUGCUCCUCUUCUUUAUAUAUUAUUCAGCUGUUUGUGGGUGUCGUCCGUUCUGAUCUUGCUGACACCAAUAGCUUUCGGCAUUUAUACUCUAAGAAGAAAAAAAAACAUCUACAUUGCGCUGCAUUUAAUUUGUGAUCAUCAUAAUCAUCAACAUCUUUGCUUGCGUGUGCCACCGCCUUCGCACGUCUCUUUUUCUUCUUUCUUCUUCCCCACUUCCUUCUCCGACCGUUUUUUCCACGACGCGAAUUCGUUUGUUUUCUUUCCCACCGUCGCAGUGGUGAUAUCUUUUUCUCUGUUGCAAUUGUUGUUUGUUUGUGUGUUUCCCCUGGCGUGCGCGACGUCUACGAAGAUCUCGCACGCUGCGUUUCGUGCUCCGUCGGGCGUGAGCAACUCGGCCCCGUCGCCGCAACUCAUUUUUUCUGCGCGUUUUGAAUCAGCGAAGAAGCUUCCGGGUUUCUCCUUGUGAGUGUCGAAGAGGAGGGAAAAAGAAAAAUAAUAAUAAUACAAAUCUUUCCGUGUGAGCGAUGCUCCGACGCGUUGCGGGUGGGCGUGUGGUCCGCGGGGUCGGCCCCGCCACGCUGCCGCUGCUCUCCACCACGCACCGCCACUUCUUCUCCCGUAGCGCCAACCAACUCAAGAAGGACAGUACGUCGUCGACGACGACUCAGACCACGGCGGCAGCAGCAGCAGCGGCGACGAGCACGGCCACCGCCGCCGCUGUCACUGCUGCGCAGGUCUUUGCCUCGAAUGAAAAGGCUAACGUAAUCACCACCGCGGUGGGUAGCAGCAGCGGUGACGACGUUGUCAGCCACGUCCAGCAAAAGCAACAGCGGGAGGACGCCGUCCCCGCCGCAGCGCCGUCCACCGGUAUUCGCUCCAUCGGCAUUAAGCUCUCCGAGGACGAUGAGCUGGUGCGUGCCUUCAACAACUUCUCCAAGACCGUCAACGGCUGCACCCAGGAGGAGUUCUUGCUCGGUGCGAGGCAGGCCUACGCGAGUCUCGCCGUGGUCAUUGCGGCCUUUGUGGAACGGGCGCAGCAGCCGCUGGUGGGCCUGACGGAGUCCUCCAAAGUCAUCGCGGCCGCACACGAGGCGGCGAAGCUGCUGGACCAGGAAUUCAAGCCCGAGACGCGCGAGAGCACCCCGGCCAAGGCGGCGGCAGCGGCGGCAGCAGGCCCGGCAAAUCUGAAGGCCGAAGAUGCGAUUUCGCCACGCGCGGGUGAAGGUGCAGGUGCGGUGUCGCCCAAGACGAAGCUGCAGGACACGUUGGUGCAGCACGUGGUGUCCACCAUCACCUCCAUCAUCCCGAUCUCGACGCACCUCGCGGAGUCGAUCUUCAAGAUUUGGAUGCUGCAGAAGGAAAAGCAGGUGAAUCUGAGCAGCAUCGCCUCCCCCGCCGAUUACGUGUUGAACUCGAAGUUAGUCAUUUUCGCGCGACUAGACAAGGCGCGUAUUUACUUCCACUCAGACAGCAUUGGUGCGGAGGUAGACGUGACACUGAACAACGAAUACCUCCGCAAGUUAGACCCCUCCUCGAUGGGCGCCACGACCACGCCGGCGUCGACGGAAGGUCAUGCGAGCGCCACCACCACCACCACUGCGGCGGCGGCGGGAGGCAUCAAGAGUGCAUCGAAGAGCCAUGCGGAAGAUGGAGACCCCGAUGAGGGAAUGAUUCAAGUGCUGACGGACACGGCUGCGAAUGCGCAGCGCACCACCGCAGAGGAGCACACCUUCGUGCUCAACAGAAAAACGCGCACGCUGACGCCGCAGUUUUCGCCGGCGGCGGCGGCGAGCGUGCAGGGCGACGACAAGGAAGAAAAAGCUCUCGCAGCGGCCGCGGCAGCACCCGCCAAGUCCUCUGGUGCGUCGGUGUCGGUGGCCAAGGGUGCGACCGCGUCCCGCGUGCAGGUUACGUGCGCGCAGGCGAGUGCGAGUGCCACAAGCAAAGCUGCCGACGCUGGUCCUGCGUCCCCUGCGUCGCAAGCCACAGAUGGCGAAGCCGCUAGUCAUGCCAAGGGUGGCAGAGCGGCGGCGGAAGCGGUGGACCCGGACGAGUCCUCGGUCUUCAUCAAGGUGAACGGCAAUGCGCUGCCCCCGAUCCCGGCCGACGCGCGCGCCUGUGCGCUGCUCACCGUCGAUGUCGUCGUCCCGCCGGAGCGCUACGCGUACAACUUCGAGUGGUUUUAUAAGCGCAUCGUCGGCUACGAGAACGAGUACGAGCGCAUUGCCGCGGCGCGCGUGUUUGCAUCGAACAGCCCCAAGUCCCUCGGCACCUUCGUCGACUUUGUGAUGCGCAUGAUCACCGGUAAGCCUGUGGAGUUCAUGUUCUCCAAGUCGCUUGGGCGGGCGCUUGGCGUCCCCGAAGACGUCUCGGAGACACCGCCGGCGACGCGGAAGUUGAUGUGCAUGUACAUGGACGCCUCGCACAAGUGGGUGUUGGCCGACCUCAUGACGUUGGCCCCCGUAAUUGAGACGAAGCUUCCGAAGGCGUAG